AGGUGUUGUGUGUGGUUCUUGUUGUGAAGCAAGCAAUACUGUCAAGUAUUAGCAAUGCUGCAGCUUUGAGAUUCGUCACUUUCUGUACACCAUUACCUCAAGUGCAGGCUUUGAAGUAUCUGUCUUGCCGUCGAAACUUUGUUCUGGUUCUUUAGUGUUAUGCCAUGGCAGACAGCGACGAUUAUCUGUCUGUUUACAAAAAGUUCUUCGAUGAUUUCGCGGCUACCGUGAAUCCAGACGACCAGUUGCCCGUUAGAGUUGCUGGAUAUUUUCUGCGUGAAGAUGAAAUUGUCGGAGAAAUUGUUGACUGGACUCUACAGUACCUGAAUCAGAAGAACUGCCCCGCCGGACUGACUGCGCCCAUCGCGCGCCAGGUGCUGGACGAGGUCAGAGCAGCCAGCAAGAAGGACCCAGACUCAUGCGGCUUCGUCCACAGCAAGCACGCGUACGACCCGCUGCGGCUGAUGCACGCCGUGGUGCGGGUGGUGAACGAGGUGUGCGGCCGCUACUGCGACAACGGGCGCGUGCUGCAGCUGCCGCGGCCCAGGCCCGGUCCGCCCAUCUCCACCUGCGCCAUCCGCAACUCGCGCCGCCUCAUGGAGGACCGACACGUCAUUGUGCACGACCUGCACGCCGUCUUCGGCAUUCCGGAUCCCAGUCCAGCCAGCUACUAUGCUGUAUUUGAUGGACAUGCAGGGACCGAUGCUGCUAUUUAUGGAGUAAGCCAUCUGCAUCAGUUCCUGGCAGAAAGUCCAUUCUACCCAAAGGAUCCUGUCCGGGCCUUGAAAGAUGCUUUUCGGCGCACAGACCAACUUUUCAUUGAAAAAUCACAUAUUGAGAAUCUACGCAGUGGCACAACAGUGGUAUGUGCACUGAUUCGGCCUGAAGAAAAGAAGCUUUAUGUAGCAUGGCUGGGUGAUUCUCAGGCAUUAUUGGUUCGUCGAGAGAGGAUGAUGCUUUUGGUGAAUCCUCAUAAACCAGACAGACCGGAUGAACGAGAACGUAUUGAGAAAAUGGGUGGUUGUGUGAUGUACUUUGGAACAUGGCGAGUGAAUGGUCAGCUUGCAGUUUCCAGAGCUAUUGGGGACUCUGAGUAUAAGCCGUACGUGUGCGCGGAGCCAGACGUGACGGAGUUGAGCCUGGACGGCACCGAGGACUUCCUGGUGCUGGCCUGCGACGGCCUCUGGGACUUCGUCACCGAGCAGCAGGUCGCCGCCGCCGUCUACCUGCACCUCCACGAGCAUCCAGACGACGUGAGCGGACUGAGCGAGCAGCUGGUGUGCCUCUCCAAGGAGCAGGGCUCUACGGACAAUAUCAGCGUGAUCGUGGCGCUGCUGCGACCGGCACGAGACAUGGAUAUGGGCGGGGGUGCGCUGCUGCAUCCGCCGGAGAGCCUCCGCGGACACGAGCGGCGCGACCAGCAGCACCACCACCAGCACGAGCACGACCAGGACGACGACCUGGGCCCCGAGACGAGCGUCGACGACGGCGAGCUGCAGCGGCAGAGCUGUCCGACCUGGACCCGGCCGCAGAGCCGCGCCAGGAGGCCCACGCCGCCCGCCGCUUCUCUCCUGCCAGGGCAGUGUGAACCUGACAAUGUAGCAGACAGUGGCGAAGAUUCUGAAGACGAGUGGAACUAUUACAAAAUUGAACCUACAGAAAAAGCUGUUAAUGUGGAAUCUCUUGUGCAGACUAAACAACCAGUUUGCCCAGAAUCCACGCAGUUGAAUCUCGAAGAAAAACCUGAAGAUAUAUUUGACAUGGAAUCCAGACUUAAUCCUGAUGCAAAAGAAUUUGUACCAUCGCCGACACAUUCAAAGCCUUCAUUUGAGGAUACAAUUAUUUCUCACUCACCAUCAGGAAAAAUAUUGCCAUUUGAUAAUGUAGAAGUUCCUAGUAUGGCGCAGUUCCAGCAAGAGGUACGUCUGCGCCCAGGAGAGGUAUCAGAAGAGGAUGCUCUAUCAAACAGUGCGUACUUACCAGACGUUCAGUCAGAUAUUCUUAAUGGUGGCAGUGUUAUGGAUGAUAUUAUAAAAAAGAAAUAUGGAGAGUCAGAAUUUAAAUUAACUGAACAAAAUCUGGCUGCCUUUACCAGUAUCAAUCCAUUUGAGGUUUCUGAAGUGUCAUCAACAAAAGCAGUAUACGGUGACGAAUCGGCUGCUAGCUUCACGACAUCUACCUCUGACAUCUUGCAGAAAAAUUUGGGUACAAGUGCUUCUAAUGUGGAAGGGUCUUUUGUGGAAACUGAUUUUGUGGCUUCAGAAACAUCAAGUGUUAAGCAGUCUGAGGAUUUUCUUGGAUUUGAAGCUUCAAGGGAAUUUACAGAAUUCAAAAAGGGGCUGGAUGAUUCGUUGCCUACGGACUUCUCACCAGCUAAGGAAACUGGUGCAAUAUCAUUUGAACUUCAGAAAGAUAUUGCUCCAACAAUGGAAGAAUGUCCAGAAAGGGUGAAACUAACUGAUGACUUGAUCAAUCCUUUCAGCCACGAGCAACCAAUAGCAGAAAUGCCAAUGGAAGAGAGUGAGCAAAUUACAGAGAAUGAGCGAACUGAUCUGCUUAAUGAAUCCUUUGAACAUGGACCUGAUUUUACACUGGAGGAAUAUGAGUUAAGUUCACCUCUUAACCCAUGUGCUCCUGUUUUUGAUUAUAAAAACAUGGAGGAUAAUACAGAUGUCCCUAAAGCAGGUGAAGCAAAUGAAAAUGUGGAUAUUGUGGAGCAGAAGCCUACUGAAGUUUCAUCAGAUCUUGCAUCUGGUGCUCCUAUUUCUCAAGUAAUUUCUUCAGAAUCGCCGAUCGAACUACUAGAUACGGUGAAAACAGAGCUGACAGAGUUAGAUAAAGAUACACUUUCCUCUGAGCAUGAGAGAGCUUUGUUGGCUGAAGCUGAUAGUGAACUAGCAGAGAGUAGGUCCUGUGAGCAAUUGGAAGAGUACUUAAGCAAAGGCAGUCAGAAUGAAAAAUCUGAAAAAGAUCUAUUUUUGCAGUACUCAGAUGAAAGUUCGAAUUUCAAUCAGCCAUCAACGGAAAUUGCAGAGAAACCUAAUUUUAUGGAGAAAUCAGUUAAGUUGGAAGAAGAAAUUCAUGAGAAGCAAAGUGAUCACAUGGUAGAUACAGAAUUCUUGGAUGAAGCGCAUGAAACACGUUCAGAUCUCAUGAAAGAAUUUGAGAACAGAACAAUGGAGCUUAAUGAACCAUUUAGCACUGAAGGUGAAGUUCUUCAAAACCCCAAUCUGGAUCCCCUGGAGGAGCUUCGGAAGGACGCUGCAGAGCCCCUGGAGGAGCUUCGGAAGGACGCUGCAGAGCCCCUGGAGGAGCUUCGGAAGGACGCUGCAGAGCCCCUGGAGGAGCUUCGGAAGGACGCUGCAGAGCCCCUGGAGGAGCUUCGGAAGGACGCUGCAGAGCCCCUGGAGGAGCUUCGGAAGGACGCUGCAGAGCCCCUGGAGGAGCUUCGGAAGGACGCUGCAGAGCCCCUGGAGGAGCUUCGGAAGGACGCUGCAGAGCCCCUGGAGGAGCUUCGGAAGGACGCUGCAGAGCCCCUGGAGGAGCUUCGGAAGGACGCUGCAGAGCCCCUGGAGGAGCUUCGGAAGGACGCUGCAGAGCCCCUGGAGGAGCUUCGGAAGGACGCUGCAGAGCCCCUGGAGGAGCUUCGGAAGGACGCUGCAGAGCCCCUGGAGGAGCUUCGGAAGGACGCUGCAGAGCCCCUGGAGGAGCUUCGGAAGGACGCUGCAGAGCCCCUGGAGGAGCUUCGGAAGGACGCUGCAGAGCCCCUGGAGGAGCUUCGGAAGGACGCUGCAGAGCCCCUGGAGGAGCUUCGGAAGGACGCUGCAGAGCCCGCCAAGGUUGUGGAUGAGCUGCAUGGAGAAGACCAUGAUCUGAUGGAAGAUGUUAAUGAGGCAGGAGAUACAAAAGUGGAGAAGUUGGACACAAUUACAGGUUUAACUGAUAUUCGUGAUAUUGAGACAGCUUCAUUCCAAAAAGACACAAUGAAACUAAAUGGAGUUGAGUCACCAGAAUUAAACAAUGAAAUGCAUACUGUACAGAAUAUAACACUAGAAAAUAGGUUAUCAUUUGAGACAACUUCUCCUCCAUCUGAAGCAGUUCAGAACCAAGAGCCUUCACCAUCUGCAGAGCAAACAAUUGGUGAUACCUGUGUGCCUGAUCUUCAUGGUGUACCAGAAGCACUGCGGGUGUGUGUGUAUCCCAUGCCUGUUGAACAAAGUAGUAUGAAAGAUGAUGUUGAAUUAAUUUCUCCUUCAUUUGAGAGUCAAGAAGAAAAACGAGAAGCUUUGGAGAUAGACAACAUUCAUGGAACAGAUUUUUCCACAGUGUUGAAGCUAGAAUCACUUUCAGGAGAACAAAGAGAUAUGGUUGAAACAAUGUUAAAUGAAGUAAGUAAUAAAACUGAAUUGGAAGAACUAAAUGAUCUGACAAGUAAUGCUGACAAAGAUGUUGUAGUUUUGGAGGAACUACAGUCUCAACUCAACUAUGUUGGUAUUGAAACUGAAAUUGCAGAGAAGACUGAGGAAACUGGUGAAAAGACAUUUGAAAAGAAAGAUAUUUCUAUUGUUGAACAGACGACAGAAAAGCUUGAAGCCCGAGAUGAAAAAGCUGUUAGUGAUGAAACUUUGAAACUCUCUGAUGCGGACUUCUCUGAUAAAAAUAUUUCAGGUACAGCUGCUGAGAAGGGUGAGCCUGAUAAAGAGGCCCACAAAGCAGGAGAUGGGGAGGAUGAAGUACUAAUGAUUACAAAGACACCACCUCCAACACCAACCCCAGCAUCGCAGACUGAACUUAAUAAGGAUGCAUCGGAGAUGAAGGCAGAAUCAACAGUGUCUGCUGUAGCUGUUGCUUCAGCAGCUGUGGCAGGUGCAGCAGCUACAACUACUGCUAUAACCUCAAGGAAAGAACCAGCUCUGAAAAAGCAGACACCACUCUCUAAAGAUGUGAAAAAGACACUUGUAGCCAAAGAUUCAGACAAGGUGAAACCCAGUACUAAAGCUCCUGUCAAACAGUCUCCAGGGACUGCAAAAGCUCCAACAAAGACAUCACCGACUUCACCAACAAAGGCAUCAGUACCAUCGACACCUCGCACGUCUACUCCAAAGAGAACUCAAGUUGCUCCUCCUGCAGCAAAGACUACAGCAAAAACUACUACUACUACAACAACCACAAGUGCAAAGUCCUUGUCAAGACCAGCUUCAAAUGUACCAAGUAAGCCAACUUCUCUUUCUACCCAAAAACAAUCUUCAACAACAGGAAAAGUCCCUACAUCUUCCAUUGCACCUAAACCUAGUUUGAAGACUGCUUUGUCAUCGACAACCAAACCAUCACAAACAGUAAGAGCAGCAAGUGCACCAAAGCCGCGGGUCCCAAGUGCAACUACCACAACGGCAACAAAGAAUCCGUUAGCCAAUGGUGAUGUAAAAAGUGCAGAAGUAAAGAAGACUUCUGUUGCCACAUCAAAAAUUGCACCAAGGACACAUACUGCACCAUCACGAACCACAACUGUCUCGAAAUCUGCUGGAACCACUACUGCUGCAAGUGUACCUAAAACUGGUGUUCAAGCAAAGACUUCAUUGACUAUGCGUCCUGGUAUGACAAAUGGUAUUGCUCAAAAGCCAAGGGUUACGUCAAGCACUACUCAGUCUCCAAGAUCUGCCACUAAUCAUCAGACAGCUACAGAAAAGCAGCACAAAGAGACAGCAAACAAACACAUUUCGUCACGUCGUAUAGGCACAGCUCCAUCAAAGACAUCACCUGCAAAAGUAGGAGUAAAGAAAUCGCCGCAAACUGCAAAAGGAGGAAAGACACCACCUACAGCCAAUGGAUCUCCACUCAUCAGUACAGGAAUGGGAGAAGAGAAGAAAAAAGACCCACUUUUGUGAAAGUAGUGGGUUUGGAAUGAAGGUGCUGCAGUUUUGGGCCUUUGUUGUAAAGCUUUUAACAUGUAUGUAAUUGUGUUGUUAAACCGUAAAAAAAAAGUAUCUUCGUAUAGUUCUGAGAAACUUCACACGUAUAUCUCAAUGUUCCAAAAGAUAUGGAUACUAUUCGUGUGGUGAACUAAAAAACUUGAAACUAUUUUUCCAGAUGUAGCAUAUUAUGUAUCAAUAUCCAAUAGCUUCUGAAGUUGUUUGCUUAUUUGGCCGAAGUGUUUCUAAAUUUUUGUUGCUGUGCUAAUUUUUCUCUUUGUGUCUCUGUGAAGAUAUAGUAACAAUAGCAAUUGGUCAGUUAUUGGGAAAUUUUGAGCCUAAUCGCUCAAAGUUUGCUGUCGUUGCUAUUAAAUAUUUGAAUGUUGGUUGGCUUUUCUUACAAACUGCACAUGUGAGUUUGUUUUAAAGACUGUAAAUUUGUGUGCAAAAUGCCUGAAAGGGAGAGCAAAUAUUUGAUAUAAAAGGCUGAACAAAACUUUUUCCAGGUAUGCUUCGGCAAACAUAUUGUCUGGUGGGUACCUUGUUUACUUGGUGUCAUCACUGACACUGCAUUCUUAAUAUGCACAAUGUGAUAAUUCUGUGUUUUUUGUAAUGCCACAAUUUUAAUUUAUAUUUAUGAUGCUUUUUAUUGAUGGCAUUUCUCCUUUGUGCUAAUAGAGUUGUACUUAAAUUUGUUGUUUUAUUUAGAAUUUUCGGGUGUCUGUGUACUAGACUUUAAAUUAUUUUAAGUAAAAUGCAAGAUAUUUUAAGUCAUAGCUGUACUGAUUCUAAAUUAUGGCUACUUUUACAUUACUGUCUUGGUUUGUUAAAGUGUAAUGUAAAGCAUUCUGUGAUGUUUAAUAGAGCAUCCUGCUGCAUGGUAACGAGGAGUCUAUCUUUGUUUUAAAUUGUAGCAUCUGUUGAUACUGCAUAUGUUUGUCAUUUAUUGAUGAGAAUAUGUUUGAAUAGCUGAUGCUGCACUAUAAUUUAUUCAGUGCAGGUGAGUUUGUGGACUGAUAUUGUUAAUAAGUAUUUCAUAUUGCGAGAAAAUGGCUACUUGUGACAGCUAAGCUUUGAUAUCCCAGAUUUAUACAUUGCAUUACUGUGGCUUGAGGGCCACUGGGUUAUUUAUGGCAACUGGUGAUUAAAUCGUUACUCGUGCAGUGAUAGCUGGUUGUAGAUCCUCAUAUUAUCUCUGUACAAGACUUUUAUAUGUGGCAAUAUUUCUCUACAAAUGCAAAAUUUAAUAUAAUGUAAUAAAGUUUUUAUAAAAAUUA